AUGACGAAAACAGUAACGGAUAGUGAGGACAAAAAUUCGUUAACAAGUAGAUUUCGGACUAUAAGUAAUAUAUCAAGUGAACAACGAUUAAUGACAGAUUUGCUAUGGAAGUACGAAAACUCCGUGCGACCAAUUUACAACUCUUCCAAAGCAGUCGCGGUUGGUCUAGGGCUUACAUUAACACAGAUUCUUGACUUGGACGAGAAAAACCAAGUGUUGACCACAAAUGUUUGGAUGGAAGUGGAAUGGAAAGAUGAAAAAUUGAUUUGGGAUCGCCGCGAUUAUGAUGGAACAGACAAUAUUCGUAUACCAUGUCGACGGCUGUGGCUGCCUGAUAUCGUGCUCUAUAACAGUGUUGACGACUACACUUCCGGUUACAUGUCCAGUCUUGCUAUGGUGUAUGAUAAUGGACGUGUGUUCUGGGGUCCAGUUGUCAGAUUCCGAAGCUCGUGCAAGAUUGACAUUACUUUUUUCCCUUUCGACGAUCAGGUAUGCCAUUUAAAGCUUGGUUCUUGGGCAUAUAACGGUUUCCAAGUGAACGUCAUUAAUCGAUCAGAGACGGUUGAUUUAUCAAACUACGUAGAUAAUGGAGAGUGGAAAUUGAUUGGCUUAAAG